ACGACUCUGUUCUCUGAGUGAAGAGCUGGAUGCGGCGUGCUGUGCUUCACCAGUCAAGCUUGACGGCUCCUGCUGGCGCCUUCUGCACAAGUUGUGCAUAUUGAUAUUCGGACAGGCGAGGCAGCUAGAGGAUGGGAAUCAUGGCCUUCUGUAGCUUCGAUACACGUCGAAUGCAUCCUUGCUACCACCCAGCCCAAACUUCCUCCUGCAAGAUAGCCCUUGGGCGUCACUAAACGUCCAGCAGAUCUGCGACCCUCUGGCUGAAAGGUGUCCGACUGCAGUCAGGCACAAGGCGGCCGCCAACGGCAUUCCCGCAGAUCCCUGCAAGCCCACCUACCCCACCACGUCGCGGGGGUACCUUCCACCCAAAAAACUAAAAUCUCAACACCGCAAUCGGAGCACCUUCAGUAAUUGGCACACAACACACGCAAUGGCUGACCAACUUCGAGUCCUUCUUGUCGGCAACGGCGGCCGCGAACACGCAAUCGCCUGGAAGCUCCUCCAGUCCCCACGGAUCGAGCACAUCUACGUCUGCCCUGGCAACGGCGGUACCGCAACCAUUUCCGCCAAAGUCACAAACGUCACAACAGUACAGGACACCGACUUCCCCGCCCUCGUCGCUUUCGCCAAGGAGAAGAAUGUCAACUUCCUCAUCCCUGGCCCCGAGGCGCCCCUCGUCGCCGGCAUCGUCGACCACUUCGCCCAACAUGCGCCGCACAUCAAGGCCUUCGGGCCCAGCCAGGCCGCCGCAACAAUGGAAGGCAGCAAGACGUUCAGCAAGGACUUCAUGAAGAGGCACCGCAUCCCGACCGCCGCGUACGAGAACUUCUCCUCCUUCGACGCCGCGACACAGUACCUCGACUCCAUCUCGCACAACGUCGUGAUCAAAGCGUCUGGUCUCGCGGCAGGCAAGGGCGUCAUCAUCCCGCAAACCAAGCAAGAAGCGCACGACGCGCUCAAGGAUAUCAUGCUCAGCAAAGAAUUCGGCUCUGCGGGCGACGAAGUCGUCAUCGAAGAAUUCCUCACCGGCGACGAGCUCUCCAUCCUGACCUUCUCGGACGGACACACGAUCAAGAGUCUGCCGCCGGCACAGGACCACAAGCGCAUCUUCGACAACGACCAAGGACCCAACACAGGCGGAAUGGGCACGUACGCGCCGACGCGCAUCGCGCCCCCAGAGCUGCUGGAGAAGAUCGACGACGAGGUGCUGCAGCCUACUAUUGAUGGGAUGAGGACCGAGGGGUUUACGUUCAAGGGCGUGCUGUUCACGGGCCUGAUGAUGACGCCCAAUGGCGCGAAGGUGCUGGAGUACAACGUCCGCUUUGGCGACCCGGAGACGCAGAGCCUGCUGUGCUUGAUGGAGGGCGAUCUCGCAGAGGUGAUGGUCGCGUGCGCAGAGGGUCGUCUCUCGGAGGUCGAUGUCAAGGUCGGCUCGAGAUCGGCGGCGACGGUUGUUGUGGCUGCCGGUGGGUAUCCCGGCUCGUAUGCCAAGGGCACGCCGAUGCAGCUUGAUGCUGUUCCGGAAGACACUGUCCUCUUCCACGCUGGCACAUCGAUGGCGGACGGCCAGCUGCGCACUGCUGGCGGUCGCGUCAUUGCAUCUACCGCCACAGCGCCCACACUCGAGGAAGCCGUCGCGAAGGCGUACAAGGGCGUGGAGUGCAUACACUUUGAGGGCAUGCAGUACCGGAAGGACAUCGCCGGGCGGGCGUUGAAGAAGUAGAAGGAGCCGCUCAGCAUUGGAGGCAUUUUCACCACCAGAGAAGGGAGUUAUACCAGAUAGACAGGUUGGAGAGAGAGA